AUGGCUGGAAAAGACAGUGGGAAGGCUAAGGCUAAGGCCAAGGCCGUAUCUGGCUCACAGAGAGCUGGGCUACAGUUUCCUGUGGGCCACAACUACCGACAUUUGAAGACUCGCACCACAAGCCACGGAAGGGUGGGCGCCACUGCUGCAGUGUAUAGUGCCGCAAUUCUGGAGUACCUCAUUGCUGAGGUGCUGGAGCUGGCAGGUAGUGCUUCCAAGGAUCUCAAAGUAAAGCGCAUCACUCCACGUCACUUGCAGCUUGCAAUCCGCCGUGACGAAGAAUUGGAUUCUCUUUUCAAGGCUACCAUAACUGGAGGUGGCGUGAUCCCUCACAUCCCCAAAUCUCUGAUUGGAAAGAAGGGACAGCAGAAAAUUGCUUAGAGGA